UCAGAAAACACACUGGCUGAGAGCUCAGCAGAGCACAGAAGGAUCCUGGCAGCCACCUUCAACCUCAGAAACAUCUUCAGAAAUGGAUGGGGCCUGGGUCUACCUGGUGACAGGAGGAUGUGGGUUUAUUGGGGAGAAGAUCGUAGAGCUCCUGUCUGAACAAGACUACAUCAAAGAAGUCAGAGUUUUUGAUUCAGUAGCAAGAGGAGAAGUAGAAAAUCUCACCACAGCCACCACUCGUGUGACAGUGGUGAAAGGAGACGUCCGGGACUCCGAGGCGCUCCUGGCUGCCAUGCAGGGGGUGCACGUGGUGAUCCACACGGCUGCCCUCGUGGACUACAGAGGCACAGUGCCCUUCUGGGAGAUGAGAGCCAUCAAUGUGGGGGGUACUGAAAAUGUGUUGAGGGCCUGCUGUGCCCUGGACGUUCCAUACCUGGUCCACACGAGCUCCGUUGCCGCGGUGGGACCCAACACCUUGUGCGAGCCCAUGUUCAGAGGAAAUGAGGACACUGAGUACAGUGGGGAAGUGGAGCUGCCCUAUGGGAAGACAAAAGCCAUGGCAGAAAAACUUGUACUUGAAGCCAACGGAAAAAAGCUGAGCCAUGGUGGUAAACUCACCACCUGCAUCAUCCGUGCCAACACCGUGUAUGGGGAGAAGGCAGCGUUUCUCCUGGAGCUCUACCGGGGGGCCAAGGCCAGGAAGGGUGUCCUGAACUUCCUGGAGCCUGAGGACUCGGAGAGGAAUCACACCUACGUGGGGAAUGUUGCAUGGAUGCAUGUCCUUGCAGCAAGGAACUUGCAGCUGAAACCAGGCUUACUGGCAGGACAAGUGUACUAUUCCUAUGAUGACACUCCAACCAGGAAAGGUUUCCUGGUCAGGCACCAGCUGCUGUCCACUGCAGACCACUCGGUGAGACUGGGCUCCCACAUCCCCUACUGGAAGAUGUGGUUAAUGAUACAACUGCACAGGAUAAUCAGGGUCAUCUUGUUGCCCUUCUGGAAGCCACAGCCUUUCCUAAACCUGCCUUUGCUGAACACAAUAGUCACCACCUUCUGUUACGAGACAGACAAAGCCUCCAGGCAUUUCGGGUACAAACCCCUGUUCACCUGGAACGAGAGCAAGCACAGAACUGCCCAGUGGCUGAGAGCAGCUGUGGGGAACCUGGAACCCUCCCAGCUUCCUGGGAAGAAGAACUGAACCCCACUUUUGGGGUGAGGAGAUCGCUCAUCGCACCGGCAGGUUUCACCUGAGCUUCGCAGCGCACACAGAUCUCUGGCAGGAACUUUGCAAACACAGAAAUCCUGGUGCUGAGACAGAGAAGGAGCAAAACUCUGAGGCUGCAAAUACAUACACCUGUCAUGCCAAAAUCUCAGCUGUUUUGUGUUCUCCUGUGAAACACCGGGGUGCAUUUGAAAGCUUCCUCUCUUGCAGCCACGUGGGCCUCAGUCACUCCCAUGGUGCUACCACUGCACGGGGUCACUCCUGGGAACAGGACAGACAGGCUCAGAUGAGAAAGGGUGCCCAAAAACCACCUUUUUGGUGAAAUUAGUUAACCAGUUUUGUUCCACAGCCUAAGGAGCCAUGGCCUCAGACAACUGGUGGGAUGUCUGUACUGGCUCAUACACUAAAGGGUAUUCUUUUGUAUAAAAAGCAGACUUUUUUGUAUGAAAAGUGAUACUUCUGGGGAAGAUGAGGAAAACCCAGCAAGUUCUUGGUCUGCUUUAGGAUUUAAUAAACAGAAAAAAAAAAAUCAACAUCUUUUCCAGAACUACCUUUUGCAAGAUGCUUCCUGUUAUUUUUGACACGUAGAAUAUUACAUCUGUUUAGAAAUAUUACCCCUCAAAAAAGAAACCUCCGACCUCUUGUGCUAACAAUGUAUAGGCUUAGUUCCUAAUUGCAUGGAUGGAGAACUGAUGUCUACAAGCUCAAAGGUGGGGCUCAUAUAUUUUUAAGUCUGUCCCAGCACUCCAGCAGCAAAGCAAAGCAGAUUAAAGCCCACGUUCAGCUGCUGUGCUGGCAAACAGCAACUUCAAGUGAAGGCCUGAGGGGCUGCAUUUAUGCUAAAUAACAUUUGAACUUCAGGAGGGAGAGGUCACUUCAGCUCGUUCUGUGGCACUGCAGCUACACAGUCCAUCUGGGAGCAGCGUUUCACAGAUGAUAUUUUCCUAACACAGAUGGGGACAGGCACUUCCAGAAAAUUCACAACAAAACUGUGGUUUCUAUCAGUUUAUCGGCUUCUCUAUUUUUAAGACAUACGGAGGGGCUGCUAAAUCUACAUUAUGCACAACUGAGGUUUCAGUUUUCACUCGAGCUUGGAGGAAUGGGGCAUUUUUACAAUGCUGGUUCAAAUCUAAAAUUAACUCUGUUGGUAUCACACUUCUGUGUUCUGUGAAUACACACCCAUCUCAAGUGUUCCUAGAGUAAAAGUGUGCACAUGCACAAAUCAAAGCUUAUUUUAAUUACAAGUACCCCAAUAAUCUUGGAAAAAACAAGUUUCAGCAUGGCAUCCUUGACAGAAAUGAUCAAAAUUUGCUUCCUGCUAGUCCCUGUAAUUACCCAGGAAGGAAAGUGGAGCAAUACAGCGUGAGCUGCCAAGUUACAUUUGCUGAAACUCACUCUCACAUUCACUCUUUUUCAAAACGAGCUUGCAAAUCAGAAAUCAGUCGCUCUGGUAAUUCAUUACUAACUUCACAAAACAAAUAAAUUCGGGCAAAACUGUUGCAGUCUGCUCACAGAGAAUUUGAAAGGUUGAAGUGUGUAAGUGAGCAGCUCCCUACUGUUUUUUCCCCCUACCAUUUGUGAUUGGGGGGGGUGGUGGUGUUUAAGGGAGUAAUAAAAUUCCUGGGUUUUCUAUUUUCGCUAAAAGUCUCUUUGCAGGUUUUUUGCCAUUAUCCAAGGGGUAGCUGACAGCCCUUUAAGAAUUUGAUGAAGAAAUCCACCCUCAAUCCCUCGUGCACAUCGCCAGGGGCAUCGCCCCGGUGUGUCCGCCUUGACCUCAACAGGUUUUUAACGCUUCUGAAACGAUGGAUUUAUCCUGCCAAAAAAGAGCCACUGGGUGGAGCUGCGAGUCUGGGAAGAGGGUCUCAGCCCUAUUAUGUAACAGCAGCAGCAAAAAAAAAAAAAGAGAGAAAAGAAAAAAUAUUUCAGAUCUGUUUCUACUUCUGGAGAGGAGCCUUUGUGCACAAUUACUCAUCCAAGAGAUUCAGCAGGGAGAAGCAGAGCUGGAGCACAGAGGAGACAGAUGCAGGCAAUCUCUGCCGCAGGAGCAGGGAGGAUGAGCAAGGAGUGCACUGACAGAAAGACACCUGCUGUAUUUUAAACAUGGCUAAACUUCCCCAGGACAAGCUGGAGUUGUUGUCUGAGCUGGAACGUGGCUCUCCCUCUGUUUUCCAUCCUGCAAUAUUCCCAUGUGUGCGCUGAGCGCUCACCCCCCAACAUGCACACUUCAAAGAGCCACAUGCCUAACCCUGUUUGAGUUUCUGUGGAAGUCUCUGUUCUUGUGCAAUGUCUGAAGGAAGCGAAUUUAGUAAUAUCACAACUCAAGCCAAACACAAAACCAAGCAAAGGAUCCCCAAAUUAAAAAGAGAAUCUCAACCGAGUUACUCAUUCAUCUGCAUUUUCUGCCGCGUUCCGUCUUCUCCCGGCGUGUUCCUGUCAGACAAAGCCCUCUGGGCAGAGACCAUCUCUUUUGGUGUCUGGUACAUCAGUCACGGAGUUAGUGCAUAGUAAUAAAGGAAAACAGAUUCCUGGUAGGAGUUAAACCAGUCAGUCUGGUACCGUAAUUGGAACAUAAUCUCAUAUUGACAGUAUUUAACACAGGAUGUGCAGGGAACAGAUGGCAGCAAGCCAGGCCUCCAUCGGCCUGCAAAUAUUGGAAAGAGAUUUUCCAAGUCCAGCUCCUGAACCUCAUCUCCGAUGUCGGAAGCUUUGCUUCCCCGAACGGGCCUUGAGCCACUCGCUAAUCCUGGUUAAAGCCCCACACGCUCCUCUGCUCCCGGCCUUGCAGACAACCAGAGCUCCCACUGCCAACUGCCUCGGGAGCGCUUAGAGAGGGAGCUGAAACAGCAUCGAGGGCAAAAGUCUCCACAAUCCAUUGGCCCAAACAGUCCCAAACCUCUGGAAACACCUGUGAGCCUCUCCCUGGCAGAGGGACCUGCCUGUGGCACCAGGCACGACCCCACCUUCAGUGCCAGGGACACCCGCCCGUGUCACUGUGCUGCUGCUUUCCCCUCUGAAAGGCCUCAGUCCUACCAUGAUCUCCCAGGAACGUGCUGGCAACAGUGACUGGUUCCUUUCUCCAAGCCCAAAAUGCUGAGCUAAAGCAGGUGAAAGGAGAGGAAGCACAUUUAUUCCAACACUCAUCCCGUGGCACAGAGUGCAGACACGGGCUCAGCUUUCCAAGGCUGUGGGAGAACCAUACCGUGCUUCCUAUAGCUGCUACAGAAAGUUUAAAUUGAUUUUUCUCUGUUUCAGCAAUUAAUUCCCAUUAAUCAACUUACUGUACAAUGCUGUGCUAUAAUUCACGAGUUUUAUGCACUAUAUGAAUAAAAUUGCACAUAUAUUUUUAUGUGAUUUUCAUUUAAUUGAAUUCCGGGGAGAUUUAUCUGCUGGGUUAUUAAUAAAUCUUAAUAUGGCCUAUAACAUUCAAUUGAUAUUUAAUUAACCUGCAAUAACUGCCUUGUAAAAUGUAAAUUAAAUGCUUUAUUUUUUCCAGGCAUAUAACGUUAAAUCAAAUUCUUCGUUCUGCCAGUAAAACAAAAAAGAAGUGGGGGGGAAAAAAACAAAGCUCAGAUCUGAAAAUAUUUGAUGUUUAAAGAGGUUCAAACUCGAAACCAGAUCCAUGCUUUGUAAUCAGUUCUUCUCUCGAGGAAGUACUUUUCCACUGUCUCCCCACCUUUAAAGAUCACAGGAAUUUGGGUGGAUUUAGAUGAAACAUCAAAAUCUCAGGAGGUUGGAAGAGAAGUGAGAGGCGCCCAUUAUUAAUAAUAAGGUUGCAAAUUCCCAUAGGUAUUGUGGUAUUUGGCAUUUUUCUUAAAGUCUUGGCUCCUACAGUCACAAAUGAGAAUGUCAAUUUUCAUUUAAAAAUAAAAAGAAAAAAAGGAAAGAUGUUAAAGCCCUUUGAUAGGGGAAGUUUGCAAACCUGAAUGUCAAAGGCAUGAGAACUAA